UGCCAGUUAUGUGACUAGUUUCCUUCGAGUAAAAUUGUACAACCACAAAGAAAGCUUAUAUACGUACAUAUAUACAUACGGUUGUAUGUAUGUAUGUAUAUAUAGAUAUGAUAGCUAGUUGAGCUUUAUGUCCUGCUAAGUGAACUGUGCCACUAUUAGGGGUCGGUGUUGGUGCAUUAAUUAAAGCAUUCAGUUGAGUGAGGAUAGUCUUAGUGUGUCUCUUAGACUUAAAAUACUACGCAUUCAUAAAUGCGUAUGUGUGUGCGCUUAUAACUUUUGAAUACAUGUGCCUUGUUCUCUAGCUUUGGCUGCACGGCAUCACUUGACAUUGUUCCGUAUUCUCCUAAAUACUGUAGGAUGGUCCAAAUUUAAGUUCGAGUUUGUGAUGUAUUAAAGCCAAACAAAUCCACAGACGGUUUAGUAAAAGUUAUUUGGUUAUUGAAUAUUUAGCAGUUGUGACAGAUCGUUUGAUGGCCAUUAUAUUUAUUUUGGGGGGUUGUAUUUCGUAUCUAUCACCUUACCCUCAUGUUUCUAUUUGCCAUUAACAAGUCCUUAAGUAAGUUUUGAUUGAGAUGCCUUUUUUUAACAAUGUGUCAUUUAUGUAUACAGUAAGCCCCGCUUAAGUGCCCCUUCUUAACAUGCAAGACUUUUGAGACACUUAAGCGGGAAAGGCACUUAAAUGAACCCCGCUUAAGUGCCGUGAGAUACUUGGCAAGCUUUUUCUCAAAUACUUCGAUCUAACAUUAUAUUUUUUCUUUUAGAAUGAAUGUCACAUUUAAGCGGGGGUAGCUGUAUCAAUUUGUUCACUGACAAACGUCUAGGAAUUAUAACGGUUUGAAGCUGUUUUAUCGGCAAAGGACCCGGUUAGGACAUUAUUUAGAUAAUAUAAUUAUUUUAUAUCUGUUAUCACAAGUUUUGCGUUUAUUUUUAUCUGUUAAACAUUACCAAUCAUCUGACGAAAGCAUCCGAGAAUCGUAAAAAAAAUUAAAUAUAAAUUUUUGAAGAGAAGGGCAACUUGAAUUAAAAGUUUCAUAAAUUUCGUAAACACCCCAAACGACAUUCCACAUUUAUACUCACAAUUUCUAUAUUCAUAAACAAAUUGCACAGCGUUUCUUUUCAAAAUAAUAACGGCCAAUUCUGAUCAAUUUACUAAUUUUUCGGAUCAUAAGUAAAUUACCUCGGGUCUGAAAUAUAAACUCAAUGUUAGUUAUCUGAGAUCACUAGCCAUUUUCAAUUGAAACUACUGUCACAAAGGGUGAUCUAUUUCGAGGUUUCCUACUUUUUUUUAAAUAAAAAAGCACAGAAAAUUCAAUUUUAAUGAGAAAAGUUUAUUAUCAUUCGAAAGAAUAUUCUUUGGCAUUUAUUUAUAAAUCUAUUUCAAAUAUUGGCCGCGGCUACGUCUCAGAUGGUCCAUCCAUGAGAUUGUCCUCAUAGACUUUAGACUUUACAUAUCCCUAGAGGAAAUAGUCGGUUAUCAUGGCGCGAUGACGCUCGCCAUUAAUGGUUACGUUCACACCGGCAUCAUUUUUGAAGAAAUAUAGAUAGAUUCGACUCAUGACGGUCUUCGUGUACAGUCUCAGUUACGGCUGCUAUAUGAUAUUUUCUUCACUAUUGUAAACUCAUAAUCCAUAAGUGCACGAAUCUAUGUAAAUAAAUCCCACACAGUAUUGUGUUCCCAUAACUCUGUAUUUCGCGAGCAAAUCAAAUAACAACAAACAACAAAACUGUAUAACUUGUUCACCGUUAUUUUUAUAUUGUGUGUUAUAUAAUUAGAAUUCAGCUGCUGACAACGACACACAUAUAUACAUAUACUUAUUUCGAGCGCCAAAAUACAUUUUACAUAAAUAUGUAUAGCGAAGCAUAGAAGUGAAGCGACAACACAAACCUACACCAAAGUCAACUACCGAAACCCAAACCAAUUGAUUGUGAUUAUUUUCAAUAAUUUGUUUUUGUUGUGCACGAAUUACGCUAUUAUGGACAAAAGUUUUGAAAAUCUAUUACAAAGCGGUGGCGGCGGUGGUGACAUGUCCUCCGAACGACAAUCGUCCGAAGAUGUACACGAAUCGACAGCGGAGGAUGCCGGCUUGGAUGCCGGAGAUGACUUUACCGAUGACACUAACUUCGAAUCAAAUCUGCGUAGACGCAAGGGUAAAAUCAUUGCGUGUGCCAAGGAAACGAUUGAAAAUGCGUCCCGUCAAUUACGUCGAAAAGUACCAUAUGCUGGACAUUUAAUGACGCCGCGUCGUCUUUGGUUGAAUAAAAUACCGACACAAUGUGAUGUUGUCAUCGAGUUUCCAGAAGAUGCGCCUGACGAGGCGCUACGUUGGCUUCUCUCCAGAUUGCGUUCUCAGCCACCAUCGGGGCUUGGAUUGGUCGUACAAGUGAAGGCUCAUGAGAGUACACGGCGGAAUGCUUUCUAUAUUAGUGCACCAACGAAUGUUUUAUUUAAAGCGGCCGAAGAAGCACGAUUACCGAAACGCUUACGUCCUGACCUAGGUGGUGCCUUACGUGAAUUCACAACACGCGAAAGUCAUUGUUUUCAGCAACUGAAAACUGAAGAUGGGAGCAGUGCACUUUUCACUUCACAAGAGCGUCAAUGGCUGGUGCUGCAGGUAUUGCAAGGCCUCCGUGCCAGUCAAGCGGAUAUUGAGGCCCUACAGGGGCGUGCAACUGUAGCCGAAGGGCAAAGCAUAGUUGCAGCCUGGCAAGAGACUGGACUGAUUGUGCAGGUUUUUCCGCUGCAUGAAACCCGCUCGCUGACGCUGCUACAAAGCAGUUGGGUGAAACAGAUAUUUGCGCCGCAACCGCUUGAUGAUAUAGCUGAAUAUUUUGGUGUGAAGGUGGCGCUUUACUUUGCUUGGCUGGGCCAUUACACCUGCGCCUUAGGCGUGCCAGCUGUCUUUGGCACAAUAUUGUAUGCAGCACUCUGGGGAAAAGGACAAACAGCACAAGAUAUGGGACACGUUUUAUUCUCACUCUUUAAUGUAGCGUGGGCGUCAUUAUAUCUAGAGGCGUGGAAGCGAUAUUCUGUGGAACUGGCCUUUCGUUGGGGUACCCUAUCGACACCCCCGGAACUACUCGAACCACCUAGACCACUCUAUAAGGGUAGUUUAGUAGAAAAUAAUGUAACUGGACGACUUGAACCAAGGGAAGCGCCCGCGUGGAAGCGUCGUGCUUUUCGUUACCUAGUUAGUUUUCCAGUGAUCGGAAUGUGCCUAGCCCUUGUUUUUGUGGUUAUGUUCCUGAUGCUACGAUUCCAGGAUUGGCUGGAUCAUAAUAACAUACCUGAUAGAGGAAUUGCUCAAUGCAUGUAUAAUUUGCACAAGGAUUGGUGGGACUCCAAAUUACCGGAAGAGAGCAUUCUCUGUUGUUUGAGCGUAAUACCAAAGGUUUUAUUGGCUGGUGCCAUAACAUUAAUGGAUGAGGCAUAUUAUAAAUUGGCUGUCUGGCUAAAUGAUCACGAAAACUAUCGCCUUCAGUCCAAAUACGAAAAUCACCUUAUUGCAAAAGUGGCACUUUUUCAAUUCGUCAACUCAUUUCUGUCCUUGUUCUAUAUCGCUUUCUAUCUCCGAGAUGAGGAUAAAUUGAAAGAGCAAUUGGCCGGUUUGUUAAUUUCACGUCAAAUAAUUGGUAACCUACGUGAAUCGGCAAUACCUUACUUUAUUGAACAAUGGAAACUAGCUAAAUUGAGCUUUAACAUGUGGGGAGCACUAAGCCCUACGCAAGACAUCAAUCGAACCAUAAUGGAUUCCGGUGUUUCAACGACCACAUCAACAGCAUCCACUACCACGGAAAAAGUCAAAGUGGAUACACCGCAACAGACGCCGACAAAGCAUGUCGCCAGUAGUCCAUUGGUAAGAACCACAACUUCAUCUAAUAAGCGGAAUAUCGGUCAAGCAGAGAUCGAAAGUACACUUUACAAGUACGAUGGUACAUUUUCCGAUCAUUUGGAGAUGUUGGUGCAGAUGGGUUAUGUAGUACUGUUCUCUGCUGCUUUUCCACUGGCCGGUAUAUGUGCACUCGUCAACAACUUGAUGGAGAUACGCUCGGAUGCCUUUAAGCUGGCUCACGUUCAUCAAAGACCUUUCGGGCAGCGUGUAGCUAAUAUUGGCACUUGGCAAAACGCGUUUAGUAUUCUGUCACUGGCUGCCGUCAUUGUAAACUGUGCGUUGAUUGGCUUAUCAGGACAAGUUUCGCGCCUAUGGCCAGGUCUAACAACUGCUCAAACCAUAAUUUUGAUUGUCACUUUGGAGCAUAUUAUGUUGGGAUUGCGUUCAGCGCUUACAUGGCUGCUGCCCGAAUUGCCAUCAUGGUUGGCUGCUGAAAUCGCACGCGCCGAACAUUGUCGCAGAGAGAUGCAAUGCAAGGGCACUUCGCCGCGGCCCACACCACCGACACCGCCAUCGACUACAUCAACGCAACCAGACCAGGAUGCCUUAAUUUUAGAAGCCACCACAACGAAUGAUCAAUCAAUGGAGAGUCAAGUUGCUGAGGAUAUUUUAUAUCAAGAACAACUGCGUCAAAGCUCUAACUAUCCGCAAAUGGAUGAGAUAGUCAAUUUCGGUCUACAACGUAAUAUCGAAGCAGAUGUGAAUAUAUUCGAGAAUCGUGAUUCCUCGCCAGACUCACCGCCAUCACAAACCAGUACGAUACUGAUAAGACCUCUACAUGAAUCAACACCACCAAAUAGUGGUUCAUCAGUGACGAGCUUAAUUCAGGAUGCUGGCCAUGGACACGGCAGCGCAUGUAAAAGUUGUAAGCUGAAAAUGAAAAAAGCGGAAAUACCCCCAUUUCAUGGAUAUUCAGUUCGUAAUUUAAGCUCAAUUCAAGCUAAUCAAAGAUUGCACGCUUUUUCAGGAGCUUCUCUGAGCAGUGCAAGCACCCUGGCAUUAAAUACUAUCCGCCAGCCCAUACAUAUACCAGAAAUACCGCCUUUCCGGAAAAAAUCCAGUGACUCAGCUGAUCAUACUGGUAGCAGUGCGAGCAGUAGUCCGCAGCGCUCCAGACAUCCGCUUAUUUCAACACCUCCACCAUCCAUGUUACAGCAUCAACCCACAAAAAUACCGGAGAUACCACCUUAUAAACAACGCAAAAUCUCGGCUGAAAGUGCCACACAUAUACAUAUGAGUGAUAAGUUUAUGCUCAAAUCACACGCACCCGAGUGGAUGUCCCGCUUGAAAGUCAGCGAUAAUAUAAACUUGCAUAGGAGCAUAGAUUGUAUUGCAAAGGAGUUACAAAGUAAUACAGACACAGCGGACAUCUUAAAGCCAGCACCAUCCUGGAGUAAUGUAGCUAUAAAAUCGCCUACACAACAGCAAGUGGCUGCCUCCUCAUCAUCCUCAUCCGCUGGUGGCGGCAGUUCGGGCAGUGCUGGCGGCAUGGGAGUAAGUGUCGGCAUUGUUGGGCGUGCUGUAGACAGUGGCCGACCUAGUGUGGGUGGUAUUUCUACUACGUCGACCUCAUCGAUGCAACUGAAAAAACUAACUGACAAUGUCAAGGAUACAACAUCAGCAGAGAUAGUCCCAGUAAAAGGGAGUUCUGGUGGUGCAGGCGCAGGAAGUACAACACAAAGUGGCAGCACAGACGAUGAAGCUAAAGCAGCGGAGAUUGCAGCGAAAAAAUCGCGAUUAAAGCAAAAGCUUGUGAAAAGCGCGCGAUCAGUUGGCAUAUUCUCGCUCAAACUGAAAGAGCGACGACAGCGCGAGGCGGAGAAGGCGGCAACUAUUGCCAUUGAACAUGCCAAGGCUUUGGCUAAAUUACCACCCCUGCCGCAACCAGGCGGUGAGCUGUCUCUCAUACCUAUUGAACAGCUAAUACAAAUUGAAGAUAUAAUACCGACACCGAAACCACAACCCACCACAUCGUCGGCAACAACGAUGUCAGCGGCGGCAAGUUUGUCCACUGCUGUGACGUCACCACAAGCAAUGACACCCUCAUCGAGCGCACUGGCGGCCGCAAUGCAGCAAUUUCAAAGUUCGGGAAAUCACUAAGCCCACAAAUAAGGUUACGAUCUCAUUGCUCCACGCACCCAUACCUACUAUCAUACAAGUAUACACAAGUAAUUAAAAAAGGCAUACGAGAAUUUUAAUCAUGUGUUUGCAAACAACUGUAAAUACCAAAGAAUACAGAGAGUAUCAAAUUUAAAAAAAAAAAUCAUAAAACAUAAUAUUAAAUAUGUACAUACAGACACGUUCAUGCAUACUACUUACAUACUACGCUAUAUGUACCGUACCAUACUGUUUGAAAUAUUUACAUAACUGUUAUGUUAGUUGGAAUGCAAAACCAAAAAAAAAACUCCCUUUGCGUAUAUGAAACUACAAUCGGUUAUAAAUGGUAUACUAAUUAUUAUUUACCUCGAACUAAUUGUAUUUUGUGUUUUUGUUGUUAGUUGGUAUUAAAAUAUAACCACUAUUGCCACAGAGUUCAUCUACAAAAAUUCAAAUCUAAGAAAUUUACGUUACUGCAAAAACAAAUUUCAUAAAUCACAAAUCUCCUUUUAUGUCAAUCCAUCAAUCAAAUAUGCAGUUUACGCAUACAAUCUGAAUGAGUUCUCGUCCUUUUAUGUUAGAAAUAAAGAUACAAUAUCAGUACAUGGUGACAAUUCAAUGAAUAUUGUAAAAUAAAAAUGAGAGAGUUUGCUUUUGAAAACGGUACGACAACAGAAGGACUCUCUAUGUUGAGUUGUUCUGUAUUUUAAUUUAUUUCAUGACAUUGAAUAUUAUUUAAACUGAGGAUUAAGCGCCCAAUACACUACACCAGCAUGCUGGCGCAAUCACCUGUUGGUGCCAGCUGAUUGAUCGUGUAUGUACUUGUGGUAUGAUUGCACCAUCUGCUGGAGCAAAACCAAAACGAUUUUGAUAUUUUUCUGAUUGUAGUGCCUUGUGAAUUAACCGUAUUUAUAUUGAAUUUUAAAGAAGUGAACAUAUAUACGGCUAUGAAUUCAAAGGAAAAAAGUAAGGAGUGCAGCCAUCUUUAACGUGAAAUUUAAGGUUCCUGGAGAUUUUUCUUAGUUAAUUAAAUCACUUUUAGAAGUUUUCAACAUAACCUUUAUAUAGGAGGUAGGCGUGAUUACAAUUCGAUUUCAUCCAUUUUCAUGCUGUAUAAUCGAUUAUCUAAAGAAAACGACUCUAGAGAGUUUGGUUGAUAUAGCUUUAGUAGUUUACGAAAUAUGUACAAAAAACCGAGUAGGGGCGGAACCACGUACCAUAUUUUUAAAGCAGUUUAAAGCAAUUCGGUUUUAGCCUUUUUGUUGGCAUGGCAAUGGUCCGAUUUUGCCCUUCUUCGAAAGCAACCUCAUGGUGCCAAUGAAUAUAUGUUCCGAGUUCCAUCAAGAUAUUUUAAUUUUUACUCAACUUACAGCUUGUACAGACGAACAGACAGGCAGACAUCCAGAUUUCAAAUCUACUCGUCACCCUGUUAACUUUGUUAUUGGAGGGCACAAUAGACCGUAGGUCGCAGUGCGAACCUCAAAUAAAAUCUAACUUUGUAGUACAGUAAAAGCUCCUUAUUCGCGCUUCCUUUAUUCGCGUUUUCACUAUUCGCGGAUUAAAAAAAUGAGACCCAAUUUCUAUAUUCGCGACUAAAAUUUUUUUUAUUCGCGGAUCUAAUAAGCUUACAUAAUAAUAAAAUUAUUCCAAUAGGUAUCCAACCCAAUAUUCUUGUCAAAUGGACUACUAAAAAAGUAAAAUAGAUCUUAUUACAAGAAAAUGUUAAAUAUUCCACUAUUUUCGCAAUAUUUUUGAACUUUUGGUAAUAUUUCAUAUAGAAGGGGCUCACAUGGAACUGAACACAACCUAUUGAAGAAGAGGCUUCAACAAGCACUGGAAACGUGACAUUCAAUUUGAAAAAUCUUAGUGAAGGCUUAAGAAUGGCAAAUGAGCUCUUCGAUUUCUUUAUGAACAUUGAUCCGUCUAUGGAACGAAGUCUAAUUUUUAAGAGACAAAUUGCUAAUGCGACUGCUGUGUAUCAGUUUGAAUUGAAGGAGCUUUUGAAAACUGCUAAGCAAGAAAAAAUUACAAAAUUCUUCAAAUCAUUGUCUAAGCCUUAAGAUAAUUAGUUAAAAUGUUCAAAAACUUCAAUUAAAUAAUUUUUUUAUAUACCUAUUUGUUUUUUUUGUCACCUAGGAACAUAUCCCCUAUAAUCCCAUAUAAAUUACCAUCCCGUAUUCACGGUUUCUGUAUUCGCGGCAUAUUUAUGGAACAUAUACCUCGCGAAUAAAGAGCUUUUACUGUAUAUAUGUAUAACCCUAUAUCUAUGUAAAUUAUAUUGUAACCGCGAAAUAAAAAUCAAGUGCUAUCAAAAAAUGAUUGAAAAUUUGAAAGAAAUGGAUCUGAAAGUUGUGAAAAAAAUAGACUUUUUCCGCACCAAUUUGUUUGUCUCUAUCCAUAACGACCUUAUCCAUGUAUAAUUUGUAAAAAAAAUAAUAUUGCACCAACAUGCUGGUGUGGUGUAUGCUUCAAUCUUGUUGGCACCAACAGUUGAUUGUGCCAGUAUACUGGUGUAGUGUAUUUUCCGCUUAAUGAAUACUGCUGACCUUUUAAGACAAGAUCCUGAUAAGUUUAAUCUGGGAUGUUGUUUUCCAUUGUUCAUAUUGUGUUUGGAUUUUUAUCCCCCUUUAAUUCUAAGAGACUGCAUUAUUUGAGCAGUUUUCAUAUAGAAGCCUAGAUGGUGCUUCCAAAUGUUUCUCCAGUUUUCGUACUGGUUUCAUAUUGAAGAGUGUUAGAAGGAAAUGCAGAAUCCCUCCAGCAGAGGAUUUACACUCACUGUCGUCCUAUAUUCUAUACAUUGUGAUUUACAAUUGUUAAUAAACAAAAUUAUAAUUAUUGUUUAAUAACAUACAUAGAUAUAUUUAUUAAACUCUUACACAUGUAUUGCUCAAAUUGUAAGUGACUUUUUUAGAAUAUUUAGAACUAGUUGAGCUUCAAUAGAGUUUAAUUCCAAAGCAUUUAACCUAUCCUGACCCAUAGGGAAUCUUUGAAUUGGCAUUGUAAAUGAAUACAUUCAUUUUUCUAAAUUAUCAGGAUAAUUCUCAACUUAAUUACGAGUAUGUGCAUGAUUAUUUAAUUCAUUCGUAUAUAUGUCUCUAUUUCAGAAAAAUUAAAAAAAAAAUACAAUUUUCGUAGAGAAUUUGAGAAUCACUUUACGUUCGGCUAAUUCCAUGCUCAAAUUAUCUAAAAUUCGUUAUGCGUAUUACGAUGCGAAAACUUUGAUUUGACUAGAUAAAAGUAUUCUUUCGUUCAUUCGUGAUUGCAUCUGCCUUAUCUUUUUCUUUUCUUGCGACCUGUAUCAUAAUAAUAAUAAACUUGAACUCCAGUGCUUUGGUUUUUUUUUUGUUCAUAUUCAGGGAAUUGUUUGUCUCUCAUAUAUUGAAGAAAUAAUGGCAAAAAACCAUAGAUUUGUACCACAGAUGAUAAAUCAGCUUGAGAUUCCUAAAGCUUAUUACUUGCUGCAUUAAAACGAUCCAAAUUUACAUUCCAAACAAUGACCAGAAUAGUCAUUUCUAGAUGCUAUAAUUUUUUUUUAUUAGUUGGUUUUUCAUCACGAUCUUGAGCAAUAAAUCUCAGUGCAUUAAUUAUUUCAAGCCACUCUAUUCCUAACACUGGUAUUCGAGCGAAUAAUAUCCUUACCACCUGAUGUUCUAUUUAAUCAGACUAAUUUUAUUUAUCCCGCGAAAAAAUUAACACACACACACUCUUAAUUGGGAAGUUCAAAUGAUAUAUACCGAAAACUUUGUACUAACGCACCUACAUUUACACUAUGCACAUACAUAAAUAUAUACGUAUGCAAGAAUGAGUAUGGCAUUUACUUAAUCAAAUAUAAACAAAAAUGUAUAAUGACGUUUUUGUCAAAGUGAUGGUAUACAUGGCACUACGUACAUACAUACUGCUGGAUGUAAUUAAAAUGUGUAUUAUUUUAUUUGUUACCACUAACAAUAUACAUACAUAAAUACACAAGUGACUUACAGUUGUAAACGAUAUUUACAUUAAAUUAAGAAUACAAAUAAACAUUUUAAGUAACAAUUUAUAUACAUACAAGUACACAAGCAUGCAUGCAGCGGGCCACCAGAAAAUUAGAAUUUUCACAGGAAACCAAAAUUUUUAUACACUGUAUACAUAUACAGUACAUAUAUAUAAUCUACAGUCAACAAAAGGUUUGUAGUUCGUUUAUUAAUAGUAUUUUAUUAAAAGUGGCUUUAUCUGCUAUUUCUGAUUACUUGUAUAACCAUCUUCGGUUCGUUUCUGUUAUUAAUAGGGUUUUUUUUAUUUCGUUUGUGGUAAAACACUGAUAAAUUUAGUAUAAGUAUGGAAAUAUAUGUACAUAUGUACGAUAUCCAGAAAUAAAUUUUGUUUGCUAAUUUAAUAGUUAGCAAUAUCUUCCUUUUUAUUCUCAAAUUGCUAAAUGCUUGUACAAAAAUUAAGUGAAAAUCCGUGAGUAUUUUAAUUUUCUUGCGGCAAACUGUAUACACUUAAGAAUCUAAUUUAAAUUUAAAAAAAUAACUUAAUAAAAGUAUGCAAGUGUGACAAUUAUACAUAUGUAUAUACAUACAUACAUACAUACAUUAAUAGAUAAUAAAGAUUCACAAUAUACUAUGUCGCAAAUGCGCCUGCUAAUAUACAUACAUACAAAAACGUGAGCAUAAAAUAUUUUAAAUCAAGCUUUAUGUGUGAGGAUAUUUUAUGGAGAUUUAUGUAUUUACAUACAUACACAUAUUCUGAUACAUUGAAUGUCAAAGCGGUUUUGCCUGAUGCUACAUUUUUUUAUUUCUGUGAAUAACUGAACUGGAUUUAACGAAUAUUGUUGAUAUAUUGUUGACACCCUGUUAGAAAUGUCUUAUACCCAGCAAGACUAUCUUCGAUUUCUUUAGUAUUAUAGCAGAGAUAUCAAGUUGACCUAACUGACCUUUAAAUUGAUUGAGCAGUGUUUAAAUUACGGGUAUUCCUUUUUACUAAAGGAUACAUUGAAAUUUUUAAAGGGAUUUUAGAUAUUUUUCAAUCUUCUACUUAAAUAAUUUAGAUACAUUCGUACUUGAGUCUGCGAUCAAUACUUAAUUUCUAAAUUGCUUAUAUAAGCAAAGUUUGAUUAGAGAAUAUACUCGUAGUCAAGUUGAGCAGAUUGCAGAUGGGUGAAAUCGAACCAUUACCACUCCCAGAAAAUGGCGUUAACUGAAAAGCUAAAAGUGCUAUAACUAAGCCAUAAAUAAACUAGGGAGUAGCAUAUUUGAAUAGAUUUGUUUUUUGUAAAAGAAAAAUAAAAUUUUAAUCUCGUAAACUACCAGAGCUGUAUAAAUCAAGCUUACUGGACUCAUUCCCCUUUAGUACCCUAUCAUACAAAAUGACCACGCCCACCAAAAUACACAGGUUAUUUUGAAAACUUCUAAAAAUGCGUUGACGCUCUAACGAAAAACACUAAGCUUUAUAAAAGAGAUGCUAUAGAAAAACUGCACUUAGAUUGAUACAAAAAAUGUAAAAUGGGGGGAGGCGCAAAUCCUUUGUAUCAAAACCAUAUCUUAGGAAUUAUUCGACCAAUUUCAACCAAAUUUGGCAAAUAAUAUUUUUUGACAAGCUAAUGUUACAUGUUGAAAAUGGGUGAAAUCGGUUUAUUCCAGCUAUUUUUUCGCUUUACAAUAUGUAAGUCAAGAACCAAUUAAGAUAUCGGAAUAAAAUUUUGUAGAAAUGCAGUAUUGUCAUAUCGGAAUACAACUUUUCAAGACCUCAGGUAUCGAACAUAAAAGCCUCAGUGCCUGUGUCUAAUUUAUUACCGAAAUCAUUGUCAGUAAUUCUCUCAGAUAUUUUACAGAAUUAAAGAGGGAAUAUUUUUUUUAAUAAUGUGCCUCUUUGCGAAAAAUAGUUUAAAGCGGGUAAUUAUUUUAAAUAAACGUAUAAUAUUGGAUAUAGGAUAGCUUAGUGGCAAGAAUAAGUGAAAUCGGUCCACGAAUUACCACAGCCCCCAUAUACUAUAUAUUUUUGUUAUUCUAGUCGACUUUAUGCCAAAUGGGUCAAACUUUGUGUAUCUUCGUAAAAUUAAAUAAAUAAAUAAAUUGCGAGAGUAUAUAAUGUUCGGUUACAACCGAACUUAGCUCUUUAUUUCUUAUGAUACCACAUUGCACCUCAUCAGUUUUCAAUCUUUGAAUUUAAUUUCACUUCUGCAGCUUCGUAUUGUAACCCAAUGUCUAUCGAAAUUAUUUUAAUGUGUUACAAUUGAAUAUUGGACAAACAAAAUGGUUUUACACUUGUGCAACCGGUUGCCAGAGUAAAAACAUUGGGAUGUCGAGCGAAAAUAAUCGUGUAUGUAUGUAUGUAUGUAUACUAUGAAACCGAAAGACAAUUUUUGGAACAUAUUGAAUUUUAUUAUUGUUUUGUGUUUUUAUGUUAGACUACAGUUUACGAAUGCUAACGAAA